CUCUCGGUUGGAGCAGCAGCUCGUGCUCAAGUGGAAACGCACACCGCAAACAUACUCACUGCUGAACGGGCGGCACGAGACUCUUCCUCACCUCCAUCACCAAGCGUCACUUUCUUCAGUGCACGAAGGGAUGCUAAACAGGAAGGCUUCAUCACCGCCGCCACCACCAUCAUCAUCAACCGUCAUCCUCAUCUGCGAGAGAGAGAGAGAGAAGCAGCGGCUCUCCGUGGGCUGAAAAAGUUGAGGAAGAUAGGGUUUAUUAAAGGAGCACCGGAGGGGCUCGUGCCCGGCGUUAACGCGGGAUAAUCCACCCGGCACGGUCUGAUCCUACUUUGGAGUGUGCAGGACCUGGUGCUGAGUGGGAUUUGUUAACGGUGCUUUCCAGGAUCGUUCCGUGCACCGUCCCCGGUGCUGACUCUGACCUCCGGCGUGUUUGUUUUUUUUAGUCCAUUUUUUCUUCUUCUUUAAACGAUCGGCCCGUUAUUGUUAUUACUGUUAUUAUUAACGGGUCCGGUGUUUAAUCCCAUCGGUGUGAGCUGGAUCUGGUCUCUGGCGGUUUAACGGGAUCCCCACAUGUGCCAGCGGAUCAAUAACAGCUUCCUGGCAUUUAUCUGUGAACUCCCGUCAUGUCCCUGAUGGAUUUCUUCCACACCACACGCACUUAAUGGAUUUCUAACGGUGCUGUAACGAAUCCCGGGACCGUCCCGGGUGGACUUGAGGGUUAGUUUAUUGACCGACGGUAACCUCAGCCCCCUCCCCGGGAGCAGAAACAGCCCGCAGGUAUAAAGCAGGUGUUCACAUCUGGGUUACCGAGGAAAACGGGACGUGCAGCAGAGAAAGCGCGGUCCUUUGGACUGAAGUGAGUCUGACUAAUAGCGGAUCACCCCCGGAGAGGUACCCUUCCACCUCGGGGACCGACUGCUGUUUAAAACGGACACGGAGAUCAUCGCUUCCUAGCGGGGGCGAGAGAAGAGAAGUUACCGGAGAACCAGAGGAGUUUUUCUUCUUAUAAUAUUUACCGAUGAACCUGUAAUGUUUGGACAACCUUCAUGAUCAAUAUCUGAGUGAUUUCACUGAAGGAACUGAUUAAUUGAUGGUGGAUUUUAAAAAGGGGGUUUUCAGCUCUUUCUGUGGAUUUCUGUCCCCACCGAGCGGCAUCCAUGUAAUCAAUACAAUCCUGGGUUAUCAAUCAGUUUUAAUCCAGCUUCCAUCCGUCAGGCUCAUGAGCUGGAAAGCUGGGAUCGUUUAGACCUCGUGGAGUAGCCGAGUGAAUUAUCUCCUCCACGGUGAAAUAAACCCACAUGCUGGCCGUAAAUUAUCCACUUAACCCCCCUCAGGAGAGGGAAAGGAGAGAGAGAGAAACCGAGUGCUAUAGACACAGACCGCAGCGAGAGAGUUAUUACCGUUUUUAAACUACACCUUUAUCAGCAGCAAAGCUAAUUUUAAUUUGAAAUCCAUCAGAGAAAAGGGGUCAAACGGAGGCGCUUCCUCAAUUUUUAACAGCAACUUUAAGUUUGUGUGACAGAGAAGUCACUACAAAACUGUACUUUAAAAACAAGAUUACUGAAGUAUUCUGCUUUGGGACAAAGCCCUAAGAAAACUGAGUAAUUACAAAUUAAUCUCGAGCUUGUAAUAAAAAAAAAACAAAGACAAAAAACUGGAUUUCUUGACAAAGAUCCGAAUUCAAAACUUUAUUUUACUCAAAAUAAGAUCUGAACAUAUUCUGGUGUGACUUUGAUUUGAUUAAGUCUUCAUUUGAUUCCAAACCUUAAAUGCAAUCAUACUAAUCUCCAAGAGACUUGUAACACAUCUUAAUGUCUUGUAAGUUAUUAUAAUCUUCGACUGUAACAUUAUGACAAUCCCAUAAUAGUCCGAAAGGGAUUUAUUUAUGGUUUAUUGCGGAUGUGUAAGAGCUUUAACUCAGAGCAAAUUAACUUUACUCGUACCUUGGGAAAACUACCUGCCGCUUUAACCCCCUUGUGUUCGUUCAGACUUUGGUUGAGGGUCUUUGACUUGGUAACGUGACCGUUUUUAAAGUUCAAACUGAUGAUUUCCAUCAUCCAUAACUGACUUGAAUUUACAAUCUGAGAGGAAAUCCAGAUAAGGUUGCUUUUACAGCAUAAGGCUUUAUUCCCAGUUUUAUACCUUGUGGUGGUUAAGUGUUUAGCUUACCCAGCUGAUUUCCAGUCUAUGGAUGAUAUGCUCACUGUAUAGCCACAUCCUCAACGGCAUACCUCCUCCGCUCUGUCCCUCUCCUCCUUCUCCUUCUCAGGCUUCACUGCUCUUGAAAUCGAGCCAUGCAGCAUUGAUUUUUUUGUUUCUGUUCACCGCAAAACCAAAACGCACAUGACCAUCUCAUUUUUUCUGUUUUUUCAGUUUGGUUGCCUGAAAUGUAAGACGUGCAGCAGUGCUGAUUUUUCACAUCUAGGCAGAACUCAAGGACGUUCAUAACAGUCCAUCAGCAGCAAGGUCAGAGUUCAGUUUUUCAGAUAUAUAACUGCUGGAGUUUCAUCAGCACAGACUGAUAGGCUGACAGGCUGAAUCAAGACUGGAAUCUUUUGGACGAUCAAAACACAUUCAAUCACAUCAAGUUUACUGUAAACAAGCUGAAAUCUGACCUGUGCAUAAAUGAAUAUUUUUUUGAAUCAGAAUCUGUUUCUGCUGCUGAACUUUGACAUUAUUUCUUUGCUGUUCUAGUGACAUUUUAAGCUAAAUGGGACUAAACGACAGCAGCCCGGGAGCCAUGCGGAACGGCCGUGGCCUCUCGGAUCAGUGGGCAGAAUCAGUGGUGGUCCGGCCUCGAACCACUGAGCGCCACAUAACGGUGCACAAGCGCCUGGUGCUGGGCUUUGCCCUCUCCAUACUCACCCUCAUUAUCGUAACAGCAGUAGCCGUUGCGCUCAACGUCAAAUUUGAGGACUGUGGUGCACGAGAUCGCGAUGAAUCAACUGGAGAGCCGAGUUCCCGAGGCCCCGGUGGGUCUGCAAAGUUGAAUGGAGGCAGAGGGGAAAGGACGGGGGAGAAAGGGGACGAAGAGGUGGUCCAGCCGUGGAGAAACUCACGAUUACCAGGCUCGGUGAGGCCUCGGCACUACGACCUGCGGCUUGCCGUCUACAUGGAUAACUUCACCUUCUCUGGCGAAGUCAGCAUUGAGCUGGAGUGCAUUAAUGCCACCCGUUUUAUUGUGCUGCACGCUGAUCGCUUAGAGGUGGACCGGGUGACAGUUACUGCUGAGGGCGGUGUUGGAGGUCGUCCUUCCAACAGGCCCGGGGGCGGAGUCAUGCGUAUCCACCGACACUUCCCCUUCCCAGCCAAUCAGAUGUACGUGUUGGCGCUGCACCGCGAGAUGAAGCCGAUGAGGGUUUACCGGCUAAACGUGAGCUUUGAUGCUGCCAUCGAGGACGAGCUGCUGGGCUUCUUCAGGAGCUCAUACACAAUGCAGAGAGAGAGACGCUACUUGGCAGUAACUCAGUUCAGUCCUAUCCACGCCCGGAAGGCCUUCCCCUGCUUUGAUGAACCUGUCUACAAGGCCACAUUCUCCCUCACCCUCCGCCACGACCCACAGUACACCUCGCUGUCCAACAUGCCGGUGGAGAGCAGCUCGCUGUCGGAUGAGGACGGCUGGUUGACCAAUCACUUUGCCCGGACGCCUCGCAUGUCCACGUACUACUUGGCCUGGGCUGUUUGCAACUUCACCUACAGAGAGACGCAGACGGACAGCGGCGUGACGAUCCGUCUCUAUGCUCGGCCAGAUGCCAUUUUGAGCGGAGCAGGGGACUACGCCCUUCACAUUACUAAGAGGCUCCUCGGAUUUUAUCAGGACUACUUCAAAGUCCAGUACUCUCUGCCUAAACUAGACUUGUUGGCUGUGCCCAAACACCCCUACGCCGCCAUGGAGAACUGGGGCCUGAGUGUCUUCGUGGAGCAGAAGAUCCUGUUGGACGCAGACGUGUCGUCCUCAUCCUAUCAGAUGGAACUCACCAUGGUGGUGGUCCACGAGAUUUGUCACCAGUGGUUCGGUGAUCUGGUGACUCCAGUGUGGUGGGAGGAUGUUUGGCUAAAAGAAGGUUUUGCUCAUUUCUUCGAGUACGUCGGCACUGACUUUCUCUUCCCAAAGUGGAACAUGGAGAAGCAGCGCUUCUUGACUGAUGUCCUUCAUGAGGUGAUGCUGCUGGAUGGCCUGAGUUCCUCCCAUCCAAUCUCCCAGGAAGUGGAACAAGCGACAGACAUUGACCGCGUCUUUGACUGGAUUGCCUACAAAAAAGGGGCGGCACUGAUCCGGAUGCUUGCUAACGUGAUGGGGCAGCCGCUGUUCCAGAAAGGACUCAAUGAUUAUCUGCUGAGUCACAUGUACAGCAAUGCUGCCAGAGACGACCUGUGGAGGAAACUGUCUCAGGCCAUGCACUCAGAGGGCCGAGAUAUUGACAUCGGGGAGAUGAUGGACAGGUGGACUCUACAAAUGGGCUACCCUGUUGUCACCAUCAGCAAGAACCAAUCAGAGCAGCUCCCUACAUAUUACAUCACAGUCAGCCAGGAGCACUUCCUGUAUGGAGAGGAAGUCAGAAAAAACAACAGUUUACAGUGGCAGGUCCCUCUCACAGUCGCCGUGGGAAACACAUCCGCCGUUUGUUCAGAGUCUCUCAUCUGGAUCAACAACAAGACAGAAACCCACAGGAUUGGUCAGAUGGAUGACAGCACAUGGUUGGUAGGCAACAUCAAUCAGACGGGCUACUUCCGCGUGAACUAUGACCUCCAGAACUGGAAACUGCUUAUUCAGCAGCUGCACACCAACCCCCAAAUCAUCUCCGUUGGAAACAGGGCAGGACUUAUCGAUGAUGCUUUUAACCUGGCCAGGGCGGGGUACCUUCCACAGGGUGUUCCUUUGCAGCUGAUUGGCUAUCUGCCAGAGGAGACGUCCUUCCUUCCAUGGCACGCUGCCAGCCGAGCGCUCUACCAGCUGGACAAACUGCUGGACCGCACAGACGAAUACAGGCUGUUCAGUGACUACGUGCUGAAGCAGGUUGCAUCGCGGUACCAUCAGAUGGGUUGGCCAACGAAUGGCCCCGGCACAGAGGGCAACGUCCUGCAAGCAUCCUACCAGACUGAGGAGUUGCAGAGAGAGCUUAUCAUGUUAGCUUGUAGCUUUGGAAACAAACAGUGCCACCGUCAAGCCGUUGCCUACAUCUCUGACUGGAUCUCCAGCAACAAAAACAGGAUUCCUCCUAACAUCCGAGACAUAGUUUACUGCACCGGAGUCAGCCUGAUGGACGAGGAUGUGUGGGAGUUCAUCUGGAUGAAGUUUCACUCUUCCAACGCCGUUUCAGAGAAGAAGAUCCUGCUGGAGGCUCUGACCUGCUCAGACAACACUUUCCUCCUCAACAGGCUGUUGAACCUGUCUCUGACUUCGGACCUGGUCCCAGAGCAGGAUGUGAUUGAUGUCAUCAUCCACGUGGGUCGAAACCCUCAGGGUCGGAACCUGGCCUGGAGGUACUUCAGAGAGAAGUGGGACAUCCUGAACGCGCGAUACGGUGAAGCUUUGUUCAUGAAUUCAAAACUCAUCAGUGGAGUCACAGAGUUCCUCAACACUGAGCGAGAACUGAAUGAGUUAAAGGAGUUCAUCCUGUCCAGUGGUGUGGGGGCGGGGCCUGCGUUGCCACGAGCACUGGAAAUUGUCGAGGGCAAUGUGCGCUGGCACCGCCUACACCGGCGGCAGUUCUACCAGUGGCUACGCAAACCUCCGAGUACCACCUUCGGCUAACACCAUGCCAGCCAGCUAAAGUGAAGUGACUGCAAACUGACUGCUAUGCUAAUGCCCUGCUAGCUACCAGAUGCAGUCGGACAGAAAAAAAGAUGGACUGAAAGAUCAAGAAUACUGGGCAGACUGGUUUUGAUUUUUUAAAAGAACCUUGAUUUCAAUCUUUUUAGCUCUACUGGAUUGCUUUCUUCCACUUGUGGCUGAUGUGGUUAAAUUGGUUUCUGUGCUAUGUUUAGACUGCUUUAAGGGUAGUCACUGAGACAAGAACCAGCUCCCAGAUUAAAAACAGCAUACAACAAAGUGAAAUGACUAAGAUCUUUAUAAACAACAAAAAAACAAAGUUGUAUUUCAGCUAGACGUCAUUAGACACAGCCCAUGGAGGACUACUUACUGUGGUAUUAGCAGUCACGGGUGUUUCUUUCUGAGGUUGACAACGCAUUUAGAUAUAAAUGGUUUAGUGAGUUUUCCCUUUAAAACAUCUAAUAUGACACUGAUGUUUGAUACUAGCUUUUCUUUUGAUCAAAAAAUGGGAACACAACCAGUAUCGAAAAGUCAAAAAGUUUAUUCUGUUCAUUUGGACUUAGCAUUUUCAGUGGGAGAAACAUUUUGUCGCUCAACCAAGUGGCUUCUUCAGUCUCAGCCGCUCAAACCAGAGCUCCUCCCUGUCCAGGAUGUGUACAUCCUCAUCACUGAAAGAGUAUUUACUUGCCUGUAGGCAUAGAUAGACUGCGGAGUCUGGGACUGACAAGUUAGCUCUUCUGUGUUGUGCCAUCCACUUCGCCAGAGGUUUUUUGGUUUCCCUGAUGUAUAAAUCAUUUCAGUCCUCCUGGCUCUUAAUAGCGUACACUAUAUUACUCUGUUUGUGUUGGGGGACCCGAUCCUUGGGGUGGACCAUUUUUUGGUAGCUCAGUGUGUUUUGGGGUUUAAAAUCCACAGCGACUCAGUGUUUAGAAAAAAUUUGUCUCAACUGUUCCGAUACUCUUGACACAUAAGGGAUCACUACGGGUUUUGCAGUUGUCCUUCUCUCCUUGAUCGCCUGGAACUUUCUUUAGGUGCCUUCCCAGCUUUGACAAUUGUCCAGCUGGGAUAACCGUAUUUUACUCAGGACCUUCUUGAUAUGAUGUUCUUCUGCUUCCCUGGCCGCUGUAUAUGUGGGAUGGUGAUCGCUAUGUGUUGUAGCAUCCUAAAUGACACCCAGUUUGUAAUCCAGUGGAUGAUGAGAGUCAAACCUUAAAUACUGAUCCACAUGGGUAGGUUUAUGGUACACAUCAGCUUUUAAAUGUCCCCCAUUACUGAUGGAAAUCUCACAGUCUAAGAAGGCUAACCUGUCACUUUUCAUAUCCUCCCUGGUGAACUUGAUGUGUUGGUCCACUGAGUUAAUGUGAUCAGUGAAUUGUGGUACGUCCUGAGACUUGAUCUCACCCAGGUGUCAUCCACAUACCUGAACCAGUGACUUAGUGGUGUUCCAGGCUGAGACUGUAGAAGUCAGUUGGAUGAAUGACGAAAUGUUUUUCCCACUGAAAACUUUACGUCCAGAUGCAGAAUGAACUGACAUUAGAUUGUAUGGUUUCAAUCACACAAUGCAAUGAAUUGACUAGAACGGAUUCAAAAUAGACCUUUCAACAUAUCCAGAACAAAGAAAAUUUUACUCUCACUUUGACAAAUCAUAGGUGUAAUUGUCUGCAUUUUGAUUGGCUGAUUAAAGAUGCAACUCGCAGUUUUCAGAACUUCAAGGCUCUGAUCCUCACAACGCCCUUGCUAAACAAAGAUCCAGAACAGUUUAAUCAGUCUGGCCUGUGUUCAGCACAUUAAACCGGCUGACGUUAAAAGGCAGACACCCUGGCAGUUAGGGGCAUGUCGAUCAUUGAACAGAGCUGUAAUUAACACUACAUGGACUUGGUGUCUUCUGAUAACACUCAGAGCGCUGAUUCACACUCAUUAACUGUCCACAGAAUUCAUACCGUUCGGCCUGAAAUUAAAGGGCAGCUUUUUUUUUUCAUGAUCAAAAACUCAGCUUUUGAAAAUAUCAGUGGCUUCAGGAGGGGUUUGUUGGGGCCUCGUUUCAGAAAUGUCCCCUGAAUAUAAAAAGCUCACAGCACAAAAGCUCAAUCAAAAUUUCCUCUAAACCAGAGAAAACACUUCUGUUUUCUUUUCUAUAAGCAAAACUGGACAGCAUUUUGAAGGAGACUUUAAAAGAAGGCCCAAAACAGCCUUGGUACAUAAAGGGUUUGUUGGGUUUAAGCAAAAGCACAGAGGCUGAAUAGGACAAGAUUUACAAUUUCCUAUAAAUUAGUUUUUCUAUUUAAAGUUGUUGACAGCAACUACAAAAACAGAAUUUACCAUGAAAGGUAUUUUCCAUUUGCCAAUAUGUAAGUCUGUAUUUCUGUGCCCUCUAUAAGAUUAAAUAUGCUACCUGACAGAAAACCAAAAGAAAAAGUAUUUAAAUGCAUUUGUUUUUCAUUUGUAAAGGCAAAGAAAGCAGGAAAAGAAAAACAAAUUCAAAUGUAAAAUGAAUGCAGCUCUCAUUAGCCUGGUCUGGAAAAAUAGAAAAUAUUCAGUUAACAGCAGUUCUCUCUGAGAAAAUACACUGUUGAUGUCAGAGGUCAGAGGAGAAUGAACAGACUGCUUUCAUAGGAAUCUGAUAGUAAGACAACAGUAACCCGAAUAAUCACUCAUUACUAUCAAAGUAUGCAGUACAGCAUCUCUGAAUGCACAACUAAUUUGGCAUUCAUAGACUUAAAUGGAAAAAGACUCACAUUAGCAUGAUCCAGUUAACUUUCAGGGGGCUAAUUCUAAAAAUACUAAUUUAUAACCCUAAGCUAUCAUCAUAUAUAAUUUUUAUUCUUUAAAAGAUUCUGUGUGUUUACUUGUUUGGAACAAGUAAAAGACAUUAUUUUCUUUUCUCCAACACAUAGGGUAGAGAUUUUUUUUUUUGGUACAUGUCCUCUUAAAUUAAAGACACCUGCAUCCACACACUUGGCAAGCUACCAGAAGGGGUCAGGUGUAAUUGUAAUAGUUUCCCCAAAUGCUUCCCACUUCAAAUCUGUCAGCCAGAAAACCUGCUAUUUAUUUUGUGACCUCCUAAAGUCUGACAAACUCCUCAGAGAGAUUAAUUGAAUGACAGAUGGAUGAGAAUGUUGGAAUCAUUCCUUGUGGAAAACUGAGAGGAGCCAGGGGACUGUGAAACUGACAGAGCAUCUCAGAAAGCUUUUUCUGGCUGACAGCAAUCUUGGAAAUUAAAUCAGUGACCAAAUAACAACUCAAAAAGAUUUCUGUGGUUUUACAAAGCACAAAACCAGAAAGUUGUUGGACAAAAGCACAUCAGCCUCAACUUCUGGACAAAACCUACAGUCAGAAAUACAAGAUUUAUUUUUUUUUGAGCCAGUCAAUGGUUAGAUAUCAGUAAACCUGUUUUUUGUAAACCUGAUGGACAAAUCAGUGAGUAGAGUCAAAAUGAAAGAUGGUAAAAUGAAAUGUCCAACAAGACAGCUGAGAGCAUGUUGUUUAGAGAAAUGUGUUUAGUGUCGUUAUAUGCAGAUGAUGUGGCUUUUUAAACACAGUUGUACUCAUGUUGAUGUGACAGAUUAAAGGUCAUCAUCAAUGGACUUAUUUAAAGACAGGCAAGUGUAAUCCUAUAAAGUUCACAAAGUGAUUUACUGAUGAAAUGCAAAGCUUGAGGAACCUGGCAUUUCAAGAUAUUUGUUUGCAACGAUAAGUUCUAUGUUUAGGAGCAUGCAGUUUGGCAGAGUUGAUGCUAUAUGGGACAGUGUGAUGGAUUACAAAGUACAACAGACGGUAUACAACAGCACUAACCAUACACACGUUCAGUCGUGCAAGAGUGUCGUAGAUCUGACUGCUUUGUGGAGCCUGUACAGAUUCUGCUGCACUACAAAAUAUAAAGCAGAAUGGAGGUGUCGGCUGCAUGACAGAAAUGUGACAGAUUCUACAGAUCAAAGGAUUUCCGAUCAAUGUGGAUUGUACAGUAUAAUGGGCUCUGCACUGCUGUGGACUGUGUGGCUAAGAGUCUUGCAGCAUGACGGAUUUAAAAGCACAAUGGAUUUUCAAGGGAGUAGAUUUCUGAUUUUGCUUUUUUAAUGUAAAUGAUUCUGUGGACUCGAGAGUCUUAGGAACAUGAGCUGGACACAAAAAUGCCUGAAGAGAACACCUGUGAAACCUUUGGAAAUGUGACUUUUAAGAAGUUUUUUUUUUUUAAAAAGGACUUUCAGUGUUUGUUGCAUUGAACUUUCGUCCAGUGGAGCAGACUUUGAAGUUGUUCCUCUUCUCUUCGAUCCAGCUUUGAUGUUAAUAACUGAGCCAUAUACAAAUUAAUGGACCUGCCUGCUUCUAUAAAAUGUGUGUCCAGUGACGUAUGUUGAUGUGCGUGUGUGAAGAUGAAGAAAACAGUUUUGGUGAUGAGAGACACAUUACCAGUUAUGAUUAAAUGAUUAUAAUUAUGAUGGUGGAACUAAUUACGAUGAUUGACUCAGUGAUGACAAAUGUUGAUGAUGUGAAAAAGCUAAUUAGUAUUAUUCUAAUUAUUAUACUAAUUAUUCAGUGCAUUUUCAACCUUCAUUGUCCAUUCAGGGAAGUUCAGUUUACAGACACAAAGCACACAAAAAAUCUGCCCUGUGUAUAAUAAACACUGUAAAUUAUCCAACUGUGAUGACUUUGAAAUUAAAAUGUGGACUACAAAGAUGUUGAUGCUGAAGAUCAUAUUAAUGGUGGUGGUAAUGAUGAAGAUGAUGAUGAUUAUGGCUUAGGACCAAAAGCUGAAAGAAACAGGAAGUCCUAUACAAGCCUUUAAUCCUACUUCCUGUUUACUUUUCUUUGGUUGUGUUUUCUGAUUGGACAAUAUUAAAACAGAAAUGGUUA